AUGCUACUAAAUACCGAGAAAGUACCCCGCAGUACCGAAACCGUAUUGCUAAAUACCGAAACUGUACCUCUAAGUACCGAAACUGUAUCGCAAAGUACCAAAACUGUACCUCUAAGUACCGAAACUGUACCGCUAAAUACCGAAACUGUACCGCUAAAUACUGAAACAAUACCGCUACGUACCGAAACAGUGCCGCUAAAUACCGAAACAGUACCGUUAAGUAGUUAUAAGAUGUUGCUAACUACUGCAAAAGUACAGCAGAGUACAAUAACAUUAGCCCUAAGUAGCGAUAAAGCAGCG